CCACACACUCCUUGACGGUCAGGUUUGGGCCCCUUGUUAUCCUCCUCCAGCAAAAACUACAGAGCAAUCCUCUAGUUAUGAUGGUAACUCAGAAGCUGAGCAAGGUGUGUGUGUGUGUGUGUGUGUGUGUGUUUGUGUGUGUGUGUGACUCUAAGUGGCCCUGAAUACUGACGUGUGUGAACAUGACGCUACAUGUGUGAACAUGUACGUGUGUAUGUGUGUGUGUGUGUAUGGCCUUGUGGCUAGGGAAAUUGUACAUGUUUAUUUUGGGGUGUGUCUCAGUGUUUACCCCAGAAACAGACAGGAACUUUGCUAAGGUUGCAGAGCAUAUUCACACUCCAACUUGGCCCCCUAGGAAUCUUCUGGCAUCCCUCAGUGGCCAUCGCUAGGGCCUGAGGCAGGGUACUCCGAGCGGAUCCCUUGUCCUCCAAGUGCCUCUGGAAGUCUUCCAGAAUUCUGAGCUAAGGGUUCCCCUCCCCCACUUCCUCCGUACAGCGUCACGGGACCUCUAAGGCGUUCCCGCCUAGGAAGGAGGUGAACCUAGUUCUUCGGGGCCUCAGGCUCCGAGCUGCUUCUCAGGGUCCUCCACUGGAGGGAGCGCACAGCCCAGUGGGACCAGAUGCCCUGUCCCCAGGGACCCCAACCCUGAGAAAGUUUGUGUGGUAGCUAGGCAGUUUAGGGUGGCACGCCUCUCCCAGCUAUUAGGUGACUCUCCAGAGGAAAAAAUGGAUCACUGUUCAGGGGGCUAGAGUACGUGAAGGUCAGCCUCCUACCAGCGUGACUCAGUGGAACUUCAGCUUUGCCCUCCCCACUACGUGCUUCCCCACCGGGCACCGGGAGGCAUACAUGUUCACCCCACUUUCUUCCUCUUCCUCCUCCAGCCCACUUUCUCUUCUCUGUGUCGUCAGAGCUCCAGGGAGGGACCUGGGCAGGCAGAGAAGCCGGAAACAGCAGGCCGGGGCAGCCAGGGUUUACAGUGAAGAGGAAGGCCAGGAUCCGAGUGCCUGCGUGCGUGUGUUUGUGUGUGUGCGUGUACACAUUGAGUUUUUAGGGCCAGCCCAGGACCCGCUGGACAGCGCUACAGAUCCAUGGGGCCUGGCAGUGCCCGCUGAGAGAGGGAGAAGAUAGCAGAGGGGCUGCCAAGGCACCUCGCACACCCCAGAUCAUGUCUCUGUGGAGUCUGGUUUCCAAGAUGUCCCCAGAAAAACUACAACGACUCUACGUUGACUUUCCCCAACACCUUCGGCAUCUCCUGGCUGAUUGGCUGGAGAAGCAGCCCUGGGAGUUCCUGGUUGGUUCAGAUGCCUUCUGCUACAACAUGGCUAGUGCCCUGCUUUCAGCCACUGUCCAGCAACUUCAGACCUCUGCAGGGGAGCAGGGGAAAGGAAGCACCAUUUUACAGCACAUCAGCACCCUGGAGAGCAUCUAUCAGAGGGACCCCCUGAAGCUGGUGGCCACCAUCAGACAAAUACUUCAAGGGGAGAAAAAAGCUGUUAUAGAAGAGUUCCGCCACCUGCCUGUGCCCUUCCACCAGAAGCAGGAAGAACUCAAGUUUACCACAGCCCUAGGGAGGCUUCAGCAUCGAGUAAGGGAGACCCGCCUUCUCCGAGAAACUCUGCAGCAAGGAACCAAGGCUGGACAAGUGUCUCUGCACAGCUUGAUAGAAACUCCUGCCAAUGGCACUGGCCCAAGGGAGGACCUGGCCACAAUGCUGCAGGGGACUGUGGGGGACCUGGAGGCCACCCAGGCCCUGGUGCUGAAAAGGAUCCAGAUUUGGAAGCGGCAGCAGCAGCUGGCAGGGAAUGGUACACCCUUUGAGGAGAACCUCUCAGGGCUGCAGAAAAGGUGUGAGAGCCUGGUGGAAAUCUACUCCCAGCUGCAGCAGGAGGUUGGGGCAGCCAGUGGGGAGCUUGAGCCCAAGACCAGGGCGUCGCUGAUAAGCCGACUGGAUGAAGUCCUGCGAGCCCUUGUGACCAGUUCUUUCCUGGUGGAGAAGCAGCCCCCACAGGUUCUGAAGACUCAAACUAAGUUCCAGGCUGGAGUUCGGUUCCUGCUGGGUAUGCAGCUCCUGGGGACCUCAGCCAAGCCUCCCCUGGUCAGGGCUGAUAUGGUGACAGAGAAACAGGCCAGAGAACUAAGCCUGCCACAGGGGCCUGGGACUGGAGUGGAGAGCACAGGGGAGAUCAUGAACAACACGGUGCCUCUGGAGAACAGCAUUCCCGGGAACUGCUGCUCAGCCCUGUUUAAGAACCUGCUCCUGAAGAAAAUCAAGCGCUGUGAGCGGAAGGGCACAGAGUCUGUGACAGAAGAGAAGUGUGCUGUGCUCUUCUCCACCAGCUUCACGCUGGGCCCCAACAAGCUCCUCAUCCAGCUGCAGGCCCUGUCUCUGCCCUUGGUGGUCAUUGUCCACGGCAACCAAGACAAUAAUGCCAAAGCCACCAUCUUGUGGGACAAUGCCUUCUCCGAGGUGGACCGCGUGCCUUUUGUGGUAGCUGAAAGAGUGCCCUGGGAGAAAAUGUGUGAAACUCUGAACCUCAAGUUCAUGGCUGAGGUGGGGACCAGCCGGGGGCUGUUACCAGAACACUUCCUCUUUCUGGCCCAGAAGAUCUUCAACGACAACAGCCUCAGCAUGGAGGCCUUCCAGCACCGUUGUGUGUCUUGGUCACAGUUCAACAAGGAGAUCCUGUUGGGCCGCGGCUUCACUUUUUGGCAGUGGUUUGAUGGUGUGCUAGACUUGACUAAACGCUGUCUCCGGAGCUAUUGGUCAGACCGGCUGAUCAUCGGCUUUAUUAGCAAGCAGUAUGUCACAAGUCUUCUCCUCAACGAGCCAGAUGGAACUUUCCUCCUCCGCUUUAGUGACUCUGAGAUCGGGGGCAUCACCAUCGCGCAUGUCAUCCGGGGUCAGGACGGCUCCCCACAGAUAGAGAACAUCCAGCCAUUUUCUGCUAAAGACCUGUCCAUUCGCUCACUGGGGGACCGAAUCCGGGAUCUUGCUCAGCUAAAAAACCUCUACCCCAAGAAACCCAAGGAUGAGGCUUUCCGGAGCCACUAUAAGCCUGAGCAGAUGGGGAAGGACGGGAGGGGCUACGUCUCAACGGCCAUCAAGAUGACGGUGGAAAGGGACCAGCCUCUUCCUACGCCAGAGCCCCAGAUGCCCACCAUGGUGCCCCCGUAUGAUCUUGGAAUGGCCCCUGAUAACACCAUGCAACUCAACCCAGAUAUGGGGUACCCUGCACCUUCUCAUUCCAUCCACUCAUUUCAAAGCCUCCCCAUAGAAGAGUCAAUCAAUGUACUUCCAGCCUUUCCGGAGCCUCACCUGCAAAUGCCCCCCAACAUGAGCCAGAUGAGCUUACCAUUCCACCAGCCUCACCCCCAGGGCCUGCUGCAGUGCCAGUCCCAGGAGCAUGCUGUAUCCAGCCCCGAACCCUUGCUCUGCCCAGAUGUGACCAUGGCAGAAGACGGCUGCCUAACUCAGUCUGUGGGAGGUUUUCCCCAGGGCCCCUGGGGCCGUGAAGACAUGUUCCCUCCCCUGCUGCCUCCCACUGAGCAGGACCUCAACAAGCUGCUCCUGGAGGGCCAAGGAGAGGCAGGAGGAGGAUCCCUGGGGGCCCAGCCCCUCCUGCAACCAUCUCCUUACGGGCAGUCUGGGAUCUCAAUGUCCCACAUGGACCUAAGGACGAACCCCAGUUGGUGAUCCCAGCUGGAGGAGCCCGGACACAGAGCCUCUUCUGUCUAUGGACCUGCUCUGGACACCUGCUCGUGCGGGUGCCUCCCGUCUCCAGCUGUUCCUUGGUCAGGAGGAAAGAGCUGGCUGGGUGAAGACACGGAGCACGGAAACACUGCACUCUGUCCUUCCUGCCACAUCAGGGCCCCUUUUCCAGCACAAGGGCCAAAGGGAUGUUCAGAAUCUAAUGUGGUAACAGGCACCUGUGUGCCUGCAUCACAACACACACACACAGGACCAGAACACACUGAGCAGGAAGGCACUAGGCAAGCACCAAGGGCUCCUGUGUUGAGUUAGGGCCUGGAACACACAUGCAGAAACACACAGACUCUGCCAUGGACAGGGGGCAUAGGCCUAGGGCACUGAAGCAGGGGCUCAGGAGACCCCGGGUGGGAGGAAAAAGAGGGUGUAGGUAUCGGGUUACUGGUAUGGAUUUUGCCCAGAUUAAAAAUCAAGUUCCUCCAAAGCUCCAAAUUCUUGCCAAAAAAGAGGCUCUGUGCCAGUUAGGACCGCCUCACAAGAGCUAAGCUUGUGUGUAGCUGUGCCAAUGUUUACCUACGACAUGUUAACCUAUAAAUGCCACACAUGAACUAUAUGGCCGCACAGAACAUGUAUCUCUGCUUUUGCCUGUGCGACACACGUAUCUGAAAAGCUGAGACACUGUUAAUAAGAGUAACCCAGCGCCAUUUGGGGUGUAACUAUGUGGCUGUGACAUGCAUAUAGCUAUAGCCUUGGUGACUCAGUGCUUCCUGUGUUUCCCAGAGCCCAAGGACCGAGUGGAGGUACAGGGCUUGCUGUAUAACGCCCUGGGCUUUGGGGGCCCCAACUGCUGUCUCUCUCGUAUUUUUCUGUCCACUGCCAGCUUCUCUCCACUCUCACAUCUCAUGUGGUCCCUUUUCCCUCAUUUGGGGGGAGCAGCGGGGGUCAUGGAUCCUAAGCCAUAAAAUAAAUUUUAUUCCAAAAUAACAAAAUAAAUAAUCUACUGUACACAA